UGCAUUAUAUCCUUUCCAUAUCAUAUAGUAUAUCAUAAAAAUUCAUGUAUAUUUUCAAUAGACUAAUGUCUUCUCUAAACAUUAUUAUUUUCUUACUAAUAAGUCAACUUAUCCACUCUUCUAAUGGAGAAACUCACCAAAGAUCAACUUACAUCAUCCACAUGAAUAAGUCCCUCAUGCCUAAUGUUUUCACUAGCCACCAUCAUUGGUACACCUCCACCGUCGAGUCCCUCGCCUCGGCCGUGACACCCCAUGGCUAUGACUCACCCACUUCUUAUAGUUCACCUAGUGUCCUUUAUAGUUAUGAUAAUGCCUUACAUGGGUUUAGUGCAUUUUUGUCUCAAAAUGAGCUUCAAAAGCUUGAAAAACAUCCGGCUUUUGUAAUAGCUUAUGAAGAGGCUAGAGCUACACUUGACACCACUAGGACUAUUGACUUUCUUUCACUCAACUCACGUACCGGUCUUUGGCCGGCCUCAAACUAUGGCCACGACGUUAUUGUUGGGGUCAUAGACACCGGGGUUUGGCCUGAGAGUCGGAGCUUUAAUGAUGCCGGGAUGACCCCAGUGUCAUCCAGGUGGGAGGGUGCGUGUGAGGGAGGACAAAAUUUUAACACGUCCAUGUGUAAUAACAAGUUGAUAGGGGCUAGAUACUUUAACAAGGGUGUUAUAGCCUCGAACCCUAAGCUUAAGCCCAAGGUGAACUCGGCUAGGGACAACGACGGUCAUGGCACCCAUACCUCGUCAACAGCCGUAGGAAACUACGUUGAUGAUGUGUCCUUCUUCGGCUAUGCAAGAGGUACAGCUAGAGGGGUGGCUCCUCGCGCUAGAGUGGCUAUCUAUAAGGUGGUAUGGGAUGACGGCCUUUGCCUCACCUCGGACAUGCUUGCUGCCAUGGACCAAGCCAUUGCAGACGGUGUUGAUGUCAUAUCCAUAUCACUAGGAUUCCAUGAGCUCCCCCUUUACAAAAAUCCUGUUGCAAUAGGCUCGUUUGCUGCGAUGGAGCGAGGCGUGUUAGUGUCCUCUUCAGCAGGAAAUAAAGGCCCGGCGUAUGGUUCUGUCCACAACGACAUUCCCUGGUCCAUGACAGUUGCUGCAAGCAACGUUGACAGACAAUUUUCCGGGACUUUGUUGCUCGGAAAUGGCCGGGAAAUCGUAGGCUGGACCUUAUUCCCGGCUAGUGCUGUCAUUCAAAAGGUCUUGUUGCGAUACGAGCAAAAACUAGCAAUGUGCAACUCUUCUGAUUACUUGACAAAAGUAGCUACUAAUGAAAUAGUCAUUUGUGAAGAUACUGGUAAAUCUGGUAUGGUAUUUAAUCAAAUUUACCAAGUUUCUAACUCUAAAGUAGCUGGUGCAAUAUUCAUCUCCAAAGAUCCUCUGAUUUAUGAGGCAGGGGAAGUCUCAUGGCCUGGGAUUGUCGUCGGUCCCAAGGAGGGCCGAACCAUUAUAACAUACGCGAAAUCACACAAGAAUAGUUCUUGGGUGAGCAUGCAAUUCCAGCAGACGUUUGUUGGGUUGAAGCCUGCACCAGUUGCCGCGUCUUACACCUCUAGGGGACCGUCUAGGAAUUGUCAGAGUGUACUGAAGCCGGAUGUCAUGGCCCCCGGAACACAGAUACUAGCAGCUUAUGUUCCGAACAUUGAGGUUGCUAGGAUUGGUGAUAACAUAGUACUGUCAAAUGACUAUGCUCUGAUCUCAGGAACAUCAAUGGCGUGUCCACACGCUUCAGGAGUGGCCGCCCUUCUGAAGGCAGCACACCCAGAUUGGACCCCUGCUGCUAUCAGGUCUGCAAUUAUGACAACAGCAGACCCGCUUGAUAACACUCGCAGUGCUAUCAAGGACAAUGGUUUCAACCUUGCACCUGCUUCCCCAUUAGCCAUGGGAUCAGGUCAGAUUGAUCCUAACCGUGCACUUGACCCAGGGCUUGUCUACGACUUGGCACCACAAGACUACGUAAACCUCCUUUGUUCAAUGAAUUUUACAAGAAACCAAAUGAUGAGCAUAGUAAGAUCAAACAAACACCACUGCUCAACCCCAUCAAAUGACCUCAAUUACCCAUCCUUCAUUGCUUACUAUGAAAACAACACAAAAACUGCUACUACAACUUUUCAUAGGACUGUAACGAAUGUAGGAAGAUAUGGUAUGACAACAUACAAGGCACUGAUAACCGCACCUAAGGGAGCUCAAGUGAGGGUGUACCCGAGAACAUUGGUGUUUAAGAGACGGUAUGAGAAGCAGAGCUAUACUAUGACGAUCAAGUACAAGAGUGCUGAUAAGUCAGAAAAUACAUACGGUUCGCUGGUUUGGAUGGAAAACCAUGGACAGCAUAGAGUAAGGAGUCCCAUUGUUAUAUCCCCGACAGUGUACUUUAAGCCCCCUGUCUGAUCAAUAUGUCCACAAUAAAACAAGUAGUUUAGCCAAAUAUUGAGAGGCAUAUUAUACCCAUAAAAUUGUAAUUUAUGAGACAUGCACCCUUGGCUUUGCUCAAUCCUCCUUCUCCCAAAGAUUUUAAUCCUAUGUCAUAUGAUCAAAGCUAAAUUACUUAGAUUACUGAAACAGGUUUUUCGAGUCAUUUAAGCAGUCAGAAAAUAAUGUCCCCUUAAAGUGCUUUCGCAGUUCUUUCCAGUCAAGGAUCUUCAUUGGGAGGUAUCGGAAGCUAACCAAAAGUACUCAUAUAUGUAGAUUUUUAUGUAGAAGAAGCAUAUACUAAUUAAUCACGGUAAUGUACACAUUAGCAUCAUUUCAAGGCUAAGCGUUAUCAAGCAAUUGGACAAUA